UUUCUUGUGCCUUUCUUCUGGCCGCAAAACAAGCCUUUUUUACAGCUGCUGUGCGGCGGAGUUGUCAUCCUUCUGCUCAUAGACAGGGCUCUGAUCUUCCUUGUGCCGUUGAAGCUAGGACAUGCCAUUGAUUCCUUUUCCGUGAAUUCUGGCAAAAUUCCAUACAGAGAGGUAGUCACAUUCGCAAGUCUCUGGAUCCUUGAGUCUUCUGGGGGUAUCCCUCAGUUACGCAAAUGCAUGUGGUCUCCUUGUGAGGAGCACUUUUGCUUCAAGAUUGGGACGGCUGCUUUCGACAAGAUCAUGUCAUUGCCGGGAGAUUUUCAUGACAAAACAAAUGCAGCAAAUCUUUGGGAGUCGGUCAGUCAAGUCAUAGGUGCUCGAUAUCUUGUCCGUUCCUUUGUUUUUCACAUCGUUCCAUCCCUCGUCGAUGUCUUGGUAGCCUUUGCAGUACUCUAUUGGAUGUUCGGUAUGUACAUGGCGAUGACCUUCAGUGCGAUCAUAAUUGCCGCCUUUUGGGUGUCAGGCAAGAUGCUACCAAGACUUCUAGGGAGACAGGGACAACUGAUACGCGAUAUGGAAGCCGAGCAUAAGUGUCUGUAUGAGGCGACUUCCAACUGGCCAGGUGUGGUAUAUUUUAAUCGCAUCCAGCACGAGAAGCUACGCUAUCGCGCUGCCCUCGCAGAUCGCAUGUACUCUUCGAUUGCGUUCUCCUUUGACGUUUUUCUAGAGUUCUUUGCGUGGUCGUGCUUGUUAUACGCCGGCUCUACUGGACUAUUUAUUCUUGCAGCGUACCAGAUCGCUUGGGAGAACAAGCCGAUUGGGGGACUCGUGACCUUGGUAUUCUACUGGACGCGACUCUCUAGUCAUCUUCAACUUCUUCCCAGCAUUUUCCGGGAUUCAGCCCUGGGUAUUGUCAACACGUGUGACCUAGUGGCACGAUUGAGAGUUGAACCGAGCAUACGCAAUCAGAAGGAUGCAAAACCGCUAGUAGUGAAUCGAGGAAACCUCAAGUUUCAAGAUGUCAGCUUCUGCUAUUAUGCAGAAAAACGUGUGUUGAACCACAUCAGCUUUGAGGCACAAGCCGGUCAAACCAUAGGUCUUGUUGGAGCGUCAGGAAGCGGGAAAUCAACCCUGUCGAAAUUGCUUGUACGCAUGUACGAUCCACACCCGGGAAUCAUCACCAUCGAUGGACAAAACAUCCAAGACGUGACGCUGGAGAGCCUACGCAACAGCAUCGGUAUCGUAUCUCAGGAACCGAUUAUACUCCACGACACGGUCAUGAACAACAUAAGGUAUGCCGACGUUCUCGCCAGCGAAGCGAAAGUGUACGAAGCAUGCAAAGAUGUGGGACUUCAUGACCUCUUCAACUCACUUCCAGAGGGAUACCAAACAUUUCUCGGAGGGCACGGCGUCAAAUUAUCCUCCGGCGAGCAGCAAUGUAUUGCAGUUGCACGAAUGAUAAUCAAAAACCCAAAGGUCGUGUUUCUUGAUGAAGCAACGAGCAAUCUAGACCGUCAUACUGAAUCAGCUGUUCUACGAAGCUUUAAAAAGCUCUGCACAGGAAGGAUCACCUUCAUAGUCUCAAGUCGUCUCUCUGCAGUAAGCGGAGCGGACAAAAUCUUGGUUUUACACCAUGGUAGACUAAUCGAGCAAGGAGAUCACGCCUCGUUGAUGUCAGCAAACGGUUAUUAUUCCCGUCUUUGGUCGUCGCAAGUC